GAGUCUAUCGCGGUUGGCCAUUUCCUUCCUCAUGAUCCAAAAAGCUUCAUAUUUUUAAAUCAGUUCAUGUGUUAAUGACAAAUAUCCGCUUUUGAUUUGAGAUUAAACAUGAUUUGCUACCAGUUGUGUAUGUCAUAGUGAACAGGCUUCGAUUUGCUCGUGAAAGAUAUGCUUCCCGUAAGGAGAUUCAUGUACCAAUUAAGAUAUAGUUUACAUACAAUGUCUGAGGCGGUUGAAAAUGGAAAACCCAUCCUCAAGCGUCCUGGAGUGGGGCUCGGGGUUCUUGUGACAGACUCCUCCAAUCCUGGAUGUGUCCUGUUAGGAAAAAGAAAAACCAGAGUUGGGAAAGGCACCUACCAGUUACCAGGAGGUCACAUUGAAUUCGGGGAGAGCUGGGAGGAGUGUGCUCAGAGAGAGGUGAUGGAGGAAGCCGGUGUCCGUCUGAAGAACAUCCGCUUUGCACAUGUCGUCAACUCCAUCAAAUUGGAGGAAAACUACCACUACAUUACAAUCUUCAUGCUGGGAGAACUGGACAGGUCUUUCUCAGCUGAAGCAGUUAAUCUGGAGCCAGAGAAAAAUGAAGGUUGGACAUGGAGGCAAUGGGAUGAUUUACCCCCUGAAGAGCAGCUAUUCUUGCCAUUGGCCAACCUGAGACAACAGGGCUUCCAACCAUUCAGAAAGGAUUAAAGGGAUCUUGUGUUGUUAAGAAAUCAACCUUAUGACUCCCUGCCUUUACCUGAUUCAAUGUCAGAUGAACUCAAAUCACCUUAGGCCUUUUCUUGCUCAUUUUUAUAAGAGCUUUGACCUAUAAAGUGACACACACCCUGAACAUACAGAGGCAUACUUCCAGAUUAAGUGUUAUGGAUGAGUUAUUGCUGAAUUUAAUUCCAGUUUCUCAUUAGUCUCUUAUAUGAUUUUAUUGAAAAAUGUUGUAAUUUACAUCUACGACUAUUAAGGUAUUAAAGCUUAUGAGUCAUUUUG